GAGUCGGGCGGGCGGAACUAGCCGCGGCGAGGGGACGGCGCUGCGAGGAGCCCAGCGCCUCGGCGGCGGGGGCAGCGGCGGCGGAGCCCCAAGAUGCCGCCCACCCUGUUCCAGAAGCUCUUCAACAAGAAGCACGGGCUCAUCUCCCCGGCCAGGGACGCCCGGGACGAUUGUGUCUUCAGCUGGCCUUUGCCGGAGUUUGACCCAAGUCAGAUCCGCCUGAUCGUGUACCAGGACUGCGAGAGGAGAGGACGCAAUGUCUUAUUUGACUCCAGUGCUAAAAGGAAAAUAGAGGAUGUUUCGGUCUCGAAACUCUGCAGCGAUGCUCAGGUGCGAGUGUUUGGGAAGUGCUGCCAACUGAAGCCCGGAGGAGACAGUUCUUCUUCCUUGGAUAGUUCAAUCAAUUCAUCCUCCUCAUUCUCUGAUCCGAAAGAGCAAUGCCCAAAAUACCAGGGUUCUCGGUGUUCCUCAGAUGCUAACAUGCUUGGAGAGAUGAUGUUUGGCUCUGUGGCCAUGAGCUAUAAGGGUUCCACAUUGAAGAUUCACCAGAUCCGCUCACCUCCUCAGCUCAUGCUCAGCAAGGUUUUCACAGCUCGCACUGGAAGCAGCAUCUAUGGAAGUCUGAAUACGUUGCAGGACAGUCUUGAGUUCAUUAAUCAGGACAGCAAUACGUUAAAGCCUGACCACAGUACAAUUAUGAAUGGACUUCUUGGGAAUAUAGGUCUUUCCCAGCUUUGCAGCCCCAGGCGGGCGUUCUCAGAGCAAGGUCCGCUCCGCCUGAUCCGGAGCGCCUCUUUCUUUGCAGUUCAUAGCAACCCUAUGGAUAUGCCUGGGAGGGAGCAGAAUGAGGACAGAGACAGCGGGAUAGCGAGAUCUGCAUCUCUUAGCAGUCUGCUCAUCACUCCGUUUCCAUCUCCGGGCUCUUCGUUUAACAAAAGCUGUGCUAGCAGUUACCAGCGGCGUUGGCGUCGCAGCCAGACUACCAGCUUGGAGAAUGGGGUCUUCCCUCGAUGGUCCAUGGAUGAAAGCUUUAACUUGUCAGAUGACAGCUCUGGUCCUAGCCCGGGAAUUGUUAGGAAGAAGAAGAUAGCAAUUGGGGUUAUUUUUUCCCUCUCAAGAGAUGAAGAUGAAAACAACAAAUUUAAUGAGUUCUUCUUCUCCCACUUCCCUCUUUUUGAGAGUCACAUGAACAAGCUGAAGAGUGCGAUAGAACAGGCUAUGAAAAUGAGUCGCCGAUCAGCUGAUGCCAGUCAGCGGAGUUUGGCCUAUAACAGGAUUGUUGAUGCCCUGAAUGAAUUCAGAACAACUAUUUGCAAUCUCUACACGAUGCCGCGGAUUGGGGAGCCCGUCUGGCUUACAAUGAUGUCGGGGACACCGGAGAAGAACCAGCUUUGCCAUCGCUUCAUGAAGGAAUUCACCUUCUUGAUGGAAAAUGCCUCUAAGAACCAGUUUUUACCGGCUUUGCUGACUGCUGUCCUGACUAACCACCUAGCCUGGGUCCCUACUGUCAUGCCCAAUGGCCAGCCGCCCAUCAGGAUCUUCCUGGAGAAGCAUUCUUCCCAGAGUGUGGACAUGCUGGCCAAAACUCAUCCCUACAACCCGCUGUGGGCACAGCUCGGUGAUCUGUAUGGAGCUAUUGGAUCACCUGUGAGAUUAGCAAAAACAGUUGUGGUUGGCAAAAGGCAUGACCUGGUACAGAGGUUGCUUUAUUUCCUCACUUACUUCAUCAGAUGCUCUGAACUUCAAGAGACGCAUCUGCUAGAAAAUGGGGAAGAUGAAGCCAUUGUCAUGCCCGGAACUGUUAUAACAACCACGCUGGAGAAAGGAGAAGUAGAGGAAUCCGAGUAUGUGCUUGUCACAAUGCACAAGAACAGGGGUAACCUGCUACCAACGGAGUCUGAAGAGACGAGAACUCCCAACUGCAGCUGUAAAUACUGCAAGUGCCCCAUCUCCCUUGCACAGAACAUAGAAGGUGUUUCACAGCAAGAGAGAGAAGACACACAAAGCACUCCUAAGGUAGAGCUGGAAACAUCCUCGGAUGAGAACAGAACUAUCGUUCCUGACGACUGCCAGGAGGAUGCUGUUGAUGGGAAGCAGCUGCGGCCCUGCCUGGAUGCAAAACUGGAGACCGUGGUGUGCACAGGGUCAGCUUCACCAGAGAAGCAUGUAGGGAUGGAGCCUGGUUUGGAGCCAGGGGCAGAUGUGUGGAGGAAGGAUGAGGUGCUGGAAGCGGGCAGCCAGGCGGGUGGUGGAACGCGGUCACCCGGCAUCGCGGUGGAGAAGAAGCCCCCGGAUAAGCUCUUCUGCGAGGCAUUCCCCUGCGACGCUGCCGAGGCUCAGACAAAGGUGACUUUCCUCAUCGGAGAUUCCAUGUCACCCGACUCGGACAUCGAGCUCAGGAGCCAGGCGGUGGUGGAGCAGAUCACUAGGCAUCACAGCGCGCCAGUGCCGGAGGAAGGAGCGCCUGCUGCUCAGAGCUCUGAAGCUAAACAAGCUGUUGAGGACCAAAACAGAGACUGUGGGACAGCCGAACCCUUUCCUCCAGUUGCGAGUGAGCAUCCGAGCUGGAACCCAAACCCAUACAACACUGAGAGCAUGAGUCUGUUUGAUGAAUACUUCACUGAUGACAGUUCAGUUGAAACCCGGACUGCUGGUGAUAUUCCAGGGCAGGCAGCUCCAGACCUCCUUGCUCACAACAGUAGUUUAGACUUCUCUAAAAAGCUCAGUACCAAGAGUAGCAAACCACCGAGUGAGUUUUGUAAGUUCAUGGACUCUGUUCGACAGGAGACCUACAAAAACUGCUUCAAUGAGCAGGACCAAAGAGAGAAAAUCUCUAUUCGCGUCCCCCAUGGGGACAGGGAAAACAUCGAGAAAAAGGUAGCCCCGGGAAUUGACUGGGACAUUCCAAGAAAUGAGAGUUCGGAUAGUGCCCUGGGUGACAGCGAGAGCGAGGACACAGGCCACGAUCUAACGAGGCUAAGCGGGAACUAUUAUGGAGGAGAGCAGGAAGACUGGGCAGAAGAAUACGAGAUUCCCUUCCCUGGGUCAAAACUAGUUGAAGUGAACUCUGUCCAGCCCAGUAUUGCCAAUUUUGGAAGAUCCUUACUAGGUGGCUACUGCUCCUCUUACGUCCCUGACUUUGUUUUGCAAGGCAUCGGAAGUGAUGAGAAGCUGAGGCACUGUUUGGUGUCAGAUUUGUCUCAUGCUGUGCAGCAUCCUGUGCUGGAUGAGCCAAUUGCGGAAGCCGUCUGCAUCAUUGCAGAUACGGACAAAUGGACGGUGCAAGUGGCCAGUAGCCAGAGGCGAAUGAUUGACAACAAGCUGGGGAAGGAGGUGUUAGUGUCAAGUCUCGUCUCCAACCUGCUGCAUUCCACUCUUCAGCUGUACAAGCAUAAUUUAUCUCCAAACUUUUGUGUUAUGCACCUGGAGGACCGGCUGCAGGAGCUCUACUUCAAAAGCAAGAUGCUGUCCGAGUAUCUGAAGGGCCAGAUGAGGGUUCACGUGAAGGAGCUGGGCGUGGUGCUGGGGAUUGAAUCCAGCGACCUCCCUUUGCUGGCAGCUGUAGCAAGCACUCACUCUCCCUACGUUGCCCAGAUACUACUUUAAAAUACCAGAGGCCGUAGAUGUUGACGUUUUGCCUCCCCCUCUGGAAACAAAGUGGAAGAAGACAACUUGUUCUGGCUGCUUUCUCUUUGAAGCCAUUAAAACAAACUGCUCGUUGAGCUGUAGCACCUCCAUAUAUGACUGCACGUUGUGCAAACACUUGGAGGCUUUUCCUCUCCUGCUUGAUCGUUUAUAAAGAAGGAUAAAGAAAGGAAAACAGAGCGAGACGGAGAUUUCAGCCACAGACAAGAGAGGAAGAUCUGUGUUUCUUAGCAGCUUCUGCCACCAUGGCCAAGUGUAACUCGUGGGGGAUGUGAGGAAGAGCUGCUUUGAGGAAUAUGUGAUGCUGUCGCUGGUUAUGGACUUACCGAGGGGACACAGCAGCUGCCUUCAUCCCGAGGAGAAGCUCCUUCAGUCUCUAACUCUCAAGCUGCAAUGAUUUGUAAACAACUUCUCCUUUUCCAUGUCAUGGUCCAGGUCUGGGCACUUCCCUGAGGAAUAACGGGGGGAGGAGGGGGGUGUUUUGUAAAAAGCUCAUUAAUGACACUCAGCUCCAAGGUUAAUUUAUGAUCUUUCUCCUGGGGAGAGGGAAUAGCUGGGAUGGGGUGGGGGGGGGUGAGGAGGAAGAGGAGGCCAACAGCGAUGGAGAUUCUCUUUCUUGGCUGGGUGUUGUAACCAGUAUUAAAUGUUUCUAAUGUGUCGAUGUUGCUCUAUACCAAGUGAUGCUUUUCUUCCACAACAUAAUCAGAACGUUUAAAGACAAAAAAUCAUCUCUAAGGGAGCGUUGGCUGCAGUUUGCCCACAGGCCCCAGGUGACUUCUUUACCUCUUAGCUUUUAUAUGGUCUCUAAUAUUCUUGCAACAUCAUCUUCUUUUUACAGCAGUCAGUCAGCUAUUGAAGGGAUGAACUCGAAACAAUUGUACCAAAGCAGUGGGGAAGAAACAGGUAGAUUAUUAUAACCCUUAAAUUGCUCAGGUAACGCAUUGCUAUGUUUUUAAAGCCAUUCUACAAAACCAGGACGUUGCUUACACCACAGUGCAGGAACACCAGGUUAUUUCUGGACAGAUGCACCCUCGAUGCAGAUGACUCUAUCCCUUUUCUACUCACUUGUGUAAUUACCAGCAGGAAAUGUUGUUUAUUUUAUUCUCAGCAUUUCUCCUUUCCUCAGCCAUCGCUGUUUUGUCAUUGUAUAUACAACAGUUGUACGAAUAGCUGAUGGACCCAGCCUGCUGUAAGUAAUGUAAAUAUACAGUGGUAGGUGGAUUAUGUUUUCAAAGGCUCUACUACCUCAGUUUAACUGGACACUUCAUUAGAGGCUUUUCUUUGCGUAUUUGUCCUGGCAGCCAGUUCUUGUUGCUGGGGUUUAGGUUCUGUUCCCAUCCCUGAUGUUCAGUACGUUGGAACCCAUGGGUUAGCCACACACGUAGGAGAUCUGUGCUCACAUGGUCGCUGAACUCUAUAAACAGCUCUAUAAAUAUGUCCCUCUGUAAUCAUCUAUUCAAUAGCAUAGCACGCCUGCUAUUGUUCGAGGAGGUAUUUGAAAUACAAAAUCUAUUUUAACCAUUUGAUAAACUUGAAAACAAUAGGAGAGAUCCCGGCCCCAGGGCUGCCUCCUCCCUUCCUCCCUGCACCAGGAUUUCAGUACUACUUAAAGCUGUAACUUCAGACUCUGUCCCAGUGAAGAUCCACAUGGAAAACCCAUGGCCCUUCCCAUGUAGGACUGAGUCCCCCUUAGUAACUCAAACCUUAAUAUAGGCAGUGGCAUUGGGAGCUCUUCUGUAUCUAAAAUCUAACACUGACUGCUGCAGGGAAGAACCUUGUGUUUAAUGCGUGAUCCAGGGACGUUUCUCCCCUAUUCUUCAAAUGUCCUUCCUUCACCACACCAUUAUUUUACAUCUGGCUUUUGGAAUGAGCACAGAACAUAGGGGCCCAGUUGUGUAAACCCAUUCUUCACAAAAUACAGCACUGAGCUCAGCACAGGGAUGUUUAACUCUUUGCUGCACUCGGUUCUAGAGCCAGGAGUUAUGAUUCGGAACAUUAUACACAGACAUGCAAUUGUAACCUGGUGGUGUCAGCAUGGGCCUGGCUCUGGAAUCUCUGGGUGGUUCCUCACAGGAUGUGGGUUCAUCCACAGCACAUCCCCAGACAGAUGGACAACCCCCUGGACCAUGCUUCUAAGGAAGAUGCCACAUCCUCCCCCGUUUAACCCUGAUCAGGCGAGUUGUUGGCAUUGCUGAUGCAGAACUGACUCUCUCAAAUGGCCCUUGCACAGCUUGAAAUCAGUGUUAACUUGAGAAGAAAGUGGUGAUUUGGUGGUGCCCUUCCCUGCUGUCCCCUGCCUGACAGGACCCCUCAGCAUUGUCCCAGUGGAGGGGCCAUGGAUGUGGCCUCCUCAUCCCCCUCUGAGGAGCACAUUGGUCCCAGCUCAUCCCAAACCCUGUGUGGUGGGAUGUUUUCCCGUAAGUGAACUUUGAGGGUGCAUGGACAACAUGGUAUGAAUGUCUGUGUGUUAAACAACACAAAAAGGGAUCUUCUACAGGACUCCAUUAAAGUGUAUGGUGAUGAAUUUAUGUGAAUAGAAAACUAAUGUUUGAUUACUUCUGUUUCCACUAUUACCCAUCUCCAUUAACAUGUCUUAAUUUCCUGGCUGAAAACUAAGUGUACUAAGGCACAUGGCUGAGCAAAAUUGUUGUUGCAAUUGGCAAGCACUGGGCUGCUAAGAACAAACCCUAUUUAAAAGAAAGGACUUUCCACCUCGCGGGUGUUUUCCCUGUUAGUUAUUAGAGAUGUUUUAUGACAGGUUUUUUUGCUUUCUCUAAAUUAUUUAGAUGAUGGUACUUGUACAAUGCUGGGUAAAAUGUACAUACUUGUUCUCUCUUCUGGUUUUGUAUAUAUUUCCCAAGAUGUGCACUUGUAUUAUAAUAACCAUUCCCAAUUUUAGGGGAAAUUUGUGCAAUAAAUACAGUAUGUCAAUUUA